AUGGAAGAGGCAAAGAGGGAUUUCCAGUCUGAGGCCGAGAUCAUUAGUCGAAUCCAUCACAAACCGCAGCAACUGCAUGGAGAAGGCACAACACAUGUAGACUGGGAAACAAGGAUGAAAAUUGCUGUUGGCUCUGCGCAAGGAUUGAAAUAUCUGCAUGAAGACUGUCAUCCUCCAAUUAUACACAGUGACAUCAAGGCGGACAACAUUCUUCUUGACGAUAAUUUUGAGCCAAAGGUUGUAGAUUUUGGACUCGCCAGAUUGCUGUUAGAGGCCUAUAUCAUGACUCAAGUAAUGGGAACUAAGGGGUACGUUGCUCCAGAAUUUGCUAUGAGCGGCAAUUACUCUGAGAAGUCGGAUCUAUUUUUCUUUGGCAAUGUGCUUUUAGAGCUGAUUACAGGACGAAAACCUGCUAAUGAUCCUGAGAAGUACCCAAAAGGCAGUUUGUAUGAGUGGGCGACAACGUUGUUGUCGGAAACUUUGAGAAACAGAAACUUUGAGGAGCUUGCUGAUGCAUGGUUGCGCGGAAAGUACGACCCGGCAGAGAUGUUUCGAAUGGUUUCUUGUGCUGCUAAUUGCGUUCGCCAUUCAGCCGACCGUCGUCCUCGAAGGAGCGAGGUGGUUAAAGCUUUAGAAGGAGUGAUUUCGCUGGACAAUGAUUUGACGGGGGACCCCGCCGCAAUACGUCGAGGGGAAGCAUACGCGGAGACGUUGAGAAGGAUGGUAGCAGGAUCAGGUAGCACGCCGCUCCCAUCCGAUCAAUGA